GAAGAGAGGCCCCUACUCUGUUGGCGCUUGCGUGAUGCGAGGUGGUUCCGCAUGCGCCGUGGGGUCUAACGAAGCGCACGCUGCAGAGGCUCGGCGGCUCUUGCGGGUGGAUCACAUCUGAUCUCUUGGAUUAAAGUGAGCGACGGAGGACCUUGGUGCGGGAUCCACACACAUACCUCAGCACCCGUGAGACUAGAACUGUGAAUUUGCACAUCGUGGUCUUCUAGAAUGCCGGGUCUAAGUUGUAGAUUUUAUCAACACAAGUUUCCUGAGGUGGAAGAUGUAGUGAUGGUGAAUGUCAGGUCGAUUGCUGAAAUGGGGGCUUAUGUUAGCUUGCUGGAAUACAACAAUAUCGAAGGCAUGAUUCUUCUUAGUGAGUUAUCCAGAAGGCGAAUCCGUUCUAUAAACAAACUCAUCCGAAUUGGUAGGAACGAAUGUGUGGUUGUCAUUAGAGUGGACAAAGAAAAAGGAUAUAUUGAUUUGUCAAAAAGAAGAGUUUCUCCAGAGGAAGCAAUCAAGUGUGAAGAUAAAUUCACCAAGUCCAAAACAGUUUAUAGCAUUCUUCGUCAUGUUGCUGAGGUGUUAGAGUACACCAAGGAUGAGCAGCUGGAAAGCCUGUUCCAGAGGACCGCCUGGGUCUUUGAUGACAAGUACAAAAGGCCUGGAUAUGGUGCCUAUGAUGCAUUUAAGCAUGCUGUCUCAGAUCCAUCUAUUUUGGAUAGUUUAGAUUUGAAUGAAGAUGAACGGGAAGUACUCAUUAACAAUAUUAAUAGGCGUUUGACCCCACAAGCUGUCAAAAUUCGAGCAGAUAUUGAAGUGGCUUGUUAUGGUUAUGAAGGCAUUGAUGCUGUAAAAGAAGCUCUGAGAGCAGGUUUGAAUUGUUCUACAGAAACUAUGCCCAUCAAAAUUAAUCUAAUAGCUCCUCCUCGGUAUGUGAUGACUACAACGACCCUGGAGAGAACUGAAGGCCUCUCUGUCCUCAAUCAGGCUAUGGCUGUUAUUAAAGAGAAGAUUGAGGAAAAGAGGGGUGUCUUCAAUGUGCAAAUGGAGCCCAAAGUGGUCACAGACACAGAUGAGACUGAACUUGCAAGGCAGCUGGAGAGGCUUGAGAGAGAGAAUGCAGAAGUGGAUGGAGAUGAUGAUGCAGAAGAAAUGGAAGCCAAAGCUGAAGAUUAACUGUGGAAAACAGAGUCCAGUUUGAGGAAUACAGAACAGCCCUUCUUGCUGUAAACCCUAGACUUGAAAGUUUUCCAGUAUUGAAAACUUAACAGCUGAAUAUUUUUUAUUUCCAAGUAUUUAAAUGUUCAACAGACCAAAUGCCCUCCUGAAUGCCAGCUGUUUUCACACAUUAGCUCCAACACAUUGAGCACUUUUUGAGGGAGUGGCUUGAUUUUACUAGAGACAAAUAUUUAAAAAUCAUAAAAUUGGGCCUGUGAUUUCCAUUUCUGAUGUCUCCAGAUUGGCACCCCUUUGUAGUUUAGUGCCUCCAUGAGAUUUCCAGGGGCACCCAAAGCAAAUAGUCUGAACCUUUCUAUAUAAAAUGUAUCAAAUAAACAUUAAAUAAAUUUCUGGGAUAUUUAACUAUAGGCUUCUUCCUUCUUGUCACCAGUUGAAAGCAUUAUGAAUACUAUUACCCUAAUUCUGUUAUCUUCAUCUCACUCUAGAUGUAGAAAUAUAUGGACUACUGAUAAAAGAAUCAAUGCAGCCGGUCCUUUCAAAGGGGUUAGAGAAAAUGGUUAAAGCUGACUUUAAGGGGGGGAAAGCCUUAAAAUGCAAUUAAAGAUAUAUUAGUUGUGUGCCUUUUACUUAGUUGAGAUUGAUGACAACAUCCGGUAUAAGGGACAAAUAAUCACACUGUACUAAGCUGCUUGUCUUGAGUUUGUGAUUCAGGCUAGUAAAUUAUGUUUUGGUUUUUGCUGCUUUAAUUAUUUUAAAGUAUUCCCAUCCAACAUUUGCUAUUUUUUUCCUUUAAACUAUUCACUAGAUGCCACCUAGAGCUUCACUUCUCUUUAUAAUAAUAGAAUAAGGAUCUUUUUGAAUACAAUUACAAUUUUUCUACAUGUUUUCAUUAUUUUAGCUCUAGGAAAUAAUUGUUUUAAAGAUACACAAAGGUAAAUUCCACAGAUAACAAACACAUGGUUUGAAGUCAACAGUUGCAGUAGUCAGGGUGUUAAAAAGUCAAGUUCCUUUGUUCUGCUUUAAAAUUUAACCUCUAGGCUAACUGAGGUAUUAAAUAUAUUAAAUUUUAGUAAUUUCAUAUAAGGAUAUCUAUCUACUUAGGAGAAUAAAACUAACUCACUCUUGUUAAUCCAAAGCUAGAUUUAACUGUCUAAAAGGGGCUAGAAAGGAGUGUGUUGAUAAGACAGGUGGUGCCAUUUGUAAAGGUGUAUCUCUGUUUAAUUUAGUGGCCUCUGCUAGCUUUUAAAUCCAAAAGUCUCCAAGAGGGAGCUAUGAUUACUAGGUAGGUCCCAAACUGGGAAUUUAGAGGGAAUCUUGGCUGUACUCAAAAUUGGCACACAAUUUUCACUUUUGUCUUUUUGAAGGGUCCAAAAACUUAAAGCAUCAAAAAUGUCAUCAAAAUAUAACAGGUGCUCCUUAAAUGUUUGUUGUAAAUAAGAGAAAGGAAUUUUUAUUUGGCUUACUGGAUUUUUUUAAUACUUCAAAAGCCAUAAUUGUUGAGAAAUAUUGUUGGCCCACAUGAUGAGUGAUUCUAUUCCAUACAGGCCUUCAGUUCCACCACAAUUUAGCAAAUCUGACAUUUGGCAGGAAAAGAAUCAAUACCUCACUAAUGCCAUGAAGAGAAUUAACUAAACUUAAAAGUAUACUUAACACUUGAAAAGUAUCACUUGCAGAGAGGCUUGCACCCGCUCCAAAUAACUUCAGGAACAGAUUGAGACGGUUGACCAAACCCCAAUCUUGGAUCUCGAACCACCGAAGCCUCUUCCUUGAUAACAGACAAUUUCAUCUCUACAUUUGUGACUGUUGUUGUCAGCUAAUUAGCUGUUGUUUGGGUUUCAUCCUUACUCAUUGAAAUGAUCACAAAAAAAAAAAAAAAC